AUGACUAGUGAUGAUACGUUCAAGCGCAACAUCCAGCUGUCGGACUCUCCUGACGAGUGCCUUGGAGUCGGCAUUAAGAUUAUCCAGAAUGCCUUUAUUUCUAAGAUGCAGUCGUUGGAGCACGAGGUUCGUGUCCUACGCUUGAGCCUCGACCAAGAGAAGGCUGCUCAUAUGCAAACUAUAAAGAAAGCCAAUGCGCUGAAUGUGGAACAUAUUGAUUCUCGUGAGAGAUGCCAGAAGUUACAGGAGGAGAACAGGAACCUUAUUCAGAACCUGAGGGUUUCAAAUCAACAGUUGGAGCACCUCAAGCGUCUCAAGCAGACUCUAGUCGGAGGCUUGGAAUCCUUCCAGAGUGAAUCACAUAGGAUGCACGAUGGUGAUAGCAUCGCUCCUAUGGCGGCUUCCCCGGCUCCCACACCUAUGUGCACUACCAGUGCUAUGCCUGAUGUGAGUGGUGAUAGCGGGGCUGGGGGCCCUCCCAGUAAGAUCGAUGCUAAGAGGUUCUUCAAAAUGGCUAGGUCGAGGUUGUCGCAUGAGUCCUUUGGCAAGCUCUUAGUUAGUAUUAAGCGUCUCCAUGCAGAGGAGCAAAGUGCUGAUGCUACUCUAGCUGAUGUGGAGAAGAUCUUUGCUGAUGAUGGAAAGAGAAGCGACGAUCUGUGUUCGGACUUGGCCGCUCUACUGCAUAGGCGUGAUUGA